AUGCUCCUGCUACUGACCUUGCUGCUCAUUUCUGAUGGAGUUGGCACUGCCACCUGCUCGACAGUCCCCGGUAACAGCACGGACAUGCUCUGGUUGCUAGAUUUCAAGCGGGCCAUCACCAACGAUCCAAGGCAAGCCUUGAGCUCUUGGAACGCCAGCACCCCCCAUUGCAAGUGGGAGGGCGUCAACUGCUGCCUCACGCACCCAGGUCGCGUCACUGUGCUAAACCUCACCGAGCAAGGGUUGUCAGGUUCGAUUUCCCCAUCCCUUGGGAACCUGACGUUCCUUGAGACACUGGGCCUGUCCAGAAAUAGCUUCACCGGCAAGAUACCUCCUCUCGGACGUCUCCACAGACUGCAACAACUUUUGCUGAGUAAAAACUCUUUGCAAGGGAUCAUUCCUGCUACACUUACAAAUUGUUCCAACCUAAAUUCCUUAGACCUAUCCGGUAACUCCCUGACAGGUGAAAUUCCACUCAAUAUAGGCUUGCUCUCCAAUUUGUCGUUUCUACAGCUUGCCAGAAAUAAUAUCACCGGGACGAUCCCACCAAGCCUGAAAAACAUCAGUCAGUUAGCACUAAUCAAUCUUGCAGAUAAUCAGCUCAUGGGCAGCAUUCCUGAUGAGAUAGGACAAUUUCCAAGUCUGCUUGGUUUGUUACUUAGUGGUAAUAUGCUAUCAGGUAGAAUCCCAACAACCGUGCUUAACCAGUCUUAUCUACAAAUAUUAGACGUAAGUAUCAAUAUGAUAGGGAACACAUUGCCAUCUAAUUUUGGUGAUACCCUCCCAAGUCUCACAUUGCUCUGCUUGGACUAUAACAGGUUUGAGGGCCAUAUCCCAGCUUCGCUAGGUAAUACUUCAGGGCUAUCAACAUUGGACCUAUUAUACAACAAACUGACAGGUCAAGUUCCAAGUUCACUAGGUAGGCUUGGAAAGUUGAACUAUCUAAACCUUCAGACAAAUCAGCUUGUAGCAAAGGAUAUCCAAAGCUGGGAAUUCGUAGAUGCGUUGAGCAAUUGCAGAUAUCUGCAAGUUCUUGCACUAGGUGAAAACCAGUUACAAGGAGCUAUCCCAAGUUCUAUUGGUAACCUGUCAAGCAAACUUCAAGGACUAGGAUUAGAUGCAAACGAUUUAUCAGGGACAGUACCCACUAACAUGGGGAAUCUUAGUGGCUUAACAGUACUAGACUUAUGUAGAAAUAAGCUCAACGGUUCCAUUGAAGGAUGGGUUGGAAAGCUGGAAAAUCUAACAGUUUUAGUUCUUGAUGGGAAUAAAUUCACUGGCCCGGUACCAAACUCUAUCGGUAAUCUUGAUAAAUUGACGGAUAUCUAUCUAGCAAACAAUGAGUUUGAAGGUCCGAUACCCCCCGGUAUGGGAAACCUUAAGAGCAUCUCCAGCCGUUUGCCCCCCAGGGCACCGAAAAACUGCGCCCUGGGGGCAAGCCGGCGCUAG